AUGGCCACAGAAGAAUACGGGAAGGAGGAUGAGAAUUGGUUCCAAAAGGCCCUCAAUUUGUCGCCACGGCUACGUCAUCAACGUUCAGGAAGCGGAAGCAGCAACCAAUCUGGGAAAAGACGUUCAUGGCUGCGACCAAUACCAGAAUCGUUACACAAGGAACCCCAGCUACCGAAACCAGCCAUGGCAUCGAAGACGUUCCUCAUAACGGGAGCUGGUCGAGGAAUUGGACGAGGUCUGAGUCGGUUGCUGCUUCAAAAAGGACAUCGCGUGAUCCUAGUCGACUACAACCAGAAAGAACUGUACCACACUGCCGACAAGCUCGGUCAAACAUUUCGAGAUGGACACGACUUUGCAGCGAUAGAAUGUGACCUCCGAGAUCCACAGCACAUCAAAGGCGCCGCCGAAGCAGCACGACGAAUGUUCUCAGGCAACCUCGACUGCCUCAUCAACAAUGCGGCGAACACCUCUGGCGUCGGUGGCUCGCAUCUCUCAGAGCUGUCGUUGGAGGAUUGGAAUGCCUCGAUCGAGACCAAUCUCACGGCGCCAAUGCUUAUGAGCCAAGCUUGUCUUUCCAUGCUGCAGAGCCAAGGCUCAAGAUCGGCUGGUGGGUCCAUUAUCAAUAUGUCCAGCACUAGGGCUAAGAUGAGUGAGCCGAAUAAUGAACCUUACUCGGCCACGAAGGCGGGACUUCUUGGGUUGACGCAGUCCAUGGCGGUCAGCUUGGGAGGGCUCAGCAUUAGGGUCAAUGCGAUCUUACCAGGCUGGAUCAAUGUGUCGAAUGAAAACAAGGAUGCCGAUGAGGAAGGCCAGAGUUGGGAGGAAGGUUUGAACAAGAAUGAUCAUGAGUGGCAUUUGACUGGGAGGGUCGGUAAGGUUGAAGACGUUCUGAGAGCCGUGGAGUAUCUGGUGGAGAGUGAGUUUGUGACAGGUGAGGAACUUGUGGUGGACGGAGGCGUGACGAAGAAGAUGGUUUACCCCGAGGACUGA